AUGGACGGCCGCUCAAUCAGCUCCCUCACAACGCUAUGCUCAGGGAUAUCGCAGCGGGCCAUCUCGGGCGGCUAUGAAAUCCAAUCUCUAGUCGGGGGCCUGGACUCGAGCCGGCAAAACGUCUCACAGUUGUUGUCGUCGCUGGGCAGCGCGCUGCAAGAGCUCGGUCAAUGGGCUUCGAAGCUGGAGACGAGCCUGGUCGCCUCGACGGUGGCGAUGCUGGUGCAGGAUGGGUUCAAGGACCUCCUGACGACGUGCGAUGGGACGAUGACGGUGCUGCACAAGCAAUUGAUGCGGCUGCAGGCGGACAAUGCUGAGAGAAUCAACAUUGACUUCUUGGUGGCGUAUUAUCAAACGAUCAAGGCGAAUAUUAGCCUUUUGGAAUCCAUGGUCGAUGUUGUCCAAACAGACGACAAAGUCGAGCAGGAGGACAGGUUCUCGCGAUUAAAGUCGAAUGAUCUCAUCGUCGUGGUGGAGACUGUAUCCGAGACAUCAGCAGGGCAAAAGAACAUCUUACUAGACGUAGGAGAAUCACAGGCAUCCGCAAGCAACAGCACUUCACAUGCGCCAAACGAUGUCCAAGAAGAAGACGAAUCCGCUGAGCCACCGCCGUAUACCGCUCAAGUCGAAGCCGAAAUCGAAACCGAAGCUCAAGCUGAGACACCACCAGCAGCGUCAUCAUCUUCCUCAAGUCCUCAGGCCUCCGGAAUCUCAUGGGGCUCAGUUUUCAGAAACUCGUUCAAGGCAAUAGCGAAUACGCUCAUACCUCAACCAGGCCCUUUCGUCUCUGCUCUCUGCCAAGCCGCUUCCAUUGGCGACAUCCAGCAAAUCGCAGGCUUCCUCACCCAAGGCGCCAACAUCAACGGCCGCAACGAGAACGGCAAGAAUGCGCUGCAGUGCGCCAUCCUGGCCGACCAAGAGGACGCCGCCCGUCUGCUUCUGGCGUCGGGAGCGAGCACUUCUGGCUCCGGGUGGUCAGGCAUGCCACCGCUGUUUCUCGCAGCCUCAGUAGGAAACAUCAACUCGGCCAAGAUGUUUCUCGGCAAGGGAGCGAGCAUCGACGAAAAGAGCACGUCUGGCCAGUCUUACUUUGUCGAUGUUGUUUCCUCCGGCAACUUGGACGGCAUCCGCUUCCUCCUCGAGCAGGGCUGCAGCGCAAACACAAAGAACAUUAGCGGCGAAGCCGUCAUUGCAAACGCCGUGCGGAAGAAGCAGAUGGCCCUCGUCGAGCUACUUCUCGAGUUUGGAGCAAAAAUCACUUCCACCGACAUCUCUGGCCGUAAUCUUCUGGCCGUGGCUCUCGACAAGAAGGAUUAUGACAUGGCAGAGCUGCUUCUGAAAAAGGGCGCAAAGCCCAAUGCCAAGAAUCUGUCGGGCAUGCCACUGCUGGCAGAUGAGAUCAACAACAGGCGGCUCAAGACGGCCAAGCUGCUUCUCGACUGGGGCGCAGAUCCCAACACCAAGGACUGGCACUCGCAGCCCGUCUUGCUCAUCCUCAUCAAGAGCUCCAAGAUAGCCGCCGAGGACAAGAUCGACAUUGUGCGCCAGCUUUUCGCCAAGGGGGCCAACGCAGACGUCAAGGACUGUUUCAGCAAGACCCCCGCGAUUUGCUAUGCCGUAGAAGCUGGCAUCUCAGAAAUCAUCUCCCUCAUGCUACAGAACGGAGCCAAGACGACGGAGAGGAUGCAAAACGGCGAUUCUCUGCUCAAGUACGCCAUCGACCACGGGCGAAAAGACCUCACCGAGGCGCUCCUCCACUACGGAGCCGAUCCAAACUACAGCGUCGGAGAAAAUGGCGUCAAGCCGGUGGUGCAGGCCCUUGUGAAGCAGGAUCUGGACAUGGUACGCCUGCUCCGGGAAGCCGGGGCUGACGUAAAUGUGCCAGAGGUGCAGGAUGUUGCGAGGGCAUUGGCCAGGGCUGAGGUGUAUGAGGCACUGGGGAUGCCGGCCCCUAUCGAGGGAGACCCUCCAAACUACGACACUGCGAUGAAGAACUAA